GUACAACGUGCCCAAGUGCGCUGGAUUUAUGUUGCGGUAUCUUGCAGGCUUAAAUGUUGCAGAAUUGAACUUCAAUUGUUUUCAUAUUUAUUAAUCGGCAAGAAGGCAACUAUUGUAGAGAAAUAAAACCAACAGAGCAUGAAGUCACUGCUGCUACAAAUCGCGCUACUAUUGACCGUGACCUUGAUCCUUAUGGUUGAAGGGACGAAAAGGUUUCGGAGUGGCUGCUGCAAAAACUUGCGAUGCUGGAAGAAACAAAUGAAGUGUGAAGGCUUUGGAAGUAGCUGCAGGUGCGUUGACGAUGACUUUGUAAUUGGCAUAAGCGGGCCGAGAAACGUCAUUGAUCGGAAGGACCCUGCCGUCGCCAAUGAAUUGGUCGUAGAAGAAUCUCAUCCGAAUAAAAAAGCAAGUCGAAUUGUUGACGCCACGGUUGAUGACAAUGCUGAAAUCAGGAGAGGGCCUUUUAAGGAAAAGAGCUAUAGAGUCGACGAUGACAUAUUUGAAGACAAGAACGGACCUUCUACAGUGUUUGACACAAUGAAUAAUCUUGUCACCAAUCUCAGGAAAGGAACAACAGAGCUUCCAAGAUUCUUUAUCGAAAAGAAGUCUGGUGUUGAUAUUAAUACCAAUGAAGUUGAGAAAGGAGAUGCUACAGUGUUUGAACUUAAAAAUGUUGGUAUCAGUGAUGGCAUUGUCCAGCACAAGAGUGAACCACCGUAUAAAUUUUAUAAGAGGAAGGACGAAAACGCUAAUGAAAGAGAAUGGGCGAAUAGUUUGGUCGAAAGUGAAGUAAACACUAAGGCUGAUAUAUCUAAACAAGGAAGUUACGGAGAAAAAGAGUUUCUCAACGACAAACAACGGACAUACGAGAAUUAUGUUGUUGAUAAGGAUAAGCGCGUUCUAGCAAUUCUAGCUCAGGUACUUCGACGGUUGAGGGGUGCUCAAAAGAAAAGAGAAGGAGGACAGGUCAAUGCUGCGUCAAAAGUAAAUAAUAUGCAGGAUUCCACUCCAGAAGGUCUUGAACAUGAUGAAAUAGACAAGAGAAAAGUAAACGCACACUUCAAGAUUGCAAAGUUCUCUGGUUCUGCGACAAUUGCGAAUAAUCCAAAGUGAAUUUCACAACAGGAGGACUUGAAAAAAAAAAUGCUAGACGAAGACAAACGACACGCAAUCUUCAAAAUGGCUUAGCUCUCUGGUGCUGCACACUCUGGUUAAACACAAUGAUAAUUGGUUGAAAAUGAAAUACGCGAAAACAAACGACACGCACACUUUCACAUUGCAAAAUUCAAAAAGGCUGCGACUACCGCAAAUAAUACACGAGCUCUUUAGGAGUUGUAGUAGAUGAAGUAAGUUUAUAAAACCAUGUAGCCAAACUGAGAAUAAUAACAUACACUAGUGCAGAAAUGGAUUGCUUUGUUAUUUGAUAAAUCAAGUUUUAAACAUGGACAGUUAUUCGAUUUUGGUUUAAUUAUUAAAUAUUUAUUUUAUCAAAAGUGUGUGCUCAAUUUAUGUUGCAUAAACCUGCGCUGAGACAAUACUUGUUUUUUCGUCCUGAUGUGACAUAGAAACAAACACUGUUUACCAAGGGAACGUUUGGUGUCAUAGACUCAUUCAACGAAACUCGAUUCUAAAUGGUUUGAAAAUAAUCACAUCCACAAAAUACGAGCAUAGUCGAAAGCGUACUAUCAUUUGUCUGUAGGAGUUUGUUCAUGUAACUUGGUUGUGAUAAAUUGAUGCUGGAUCAGAUGAAUUAUAUUUGUUUAAUUUUGGAAUUAUUCCUAUAUGUUUAGACAAGCGUGAGGCUAUGGCAAAACUAAUCUUGGUAAACUAAAUUAGUAGUCUCGUGUACGAGUUUACUCGAUUUUCAGUUACCAUUUAAAGGCUGUAAUCUCUUAUUUAUCAGGACAGCAAAUAUGAUCCGUAUGUGGUCAGUGUAUGGUUUAUGUACUUAAUUAUGUUGUGUAGGUUCGUUUGAGUCUCCCGUCAAGGCAGAGCGCCUUGACGGGAGACUGAAACGAACCUACACAACAUACUUAAGAACAGAGCAAACAGGGUUUAAAUUGGACUUGCCAAUGCAGUUGUUAUUGUAGUAUUCGAAUAUAUUGAUAAAGGGUUUCAAUUUGUCUUUGUAGUUAUCAAAGAAAUAAAAAAUUAAACACUUAUUAUAAUGGCAUUUUCUCUGAAAUCGAGACAUUAUGCAUUCUUAGC